CAGAUGGCGUUCAAUUCUUCGGCUCAAAGUUGCAGACAAAGAUGGCGGACGAUAUAAUGGCAAAUGCCUUGAGAACAAGGCACGAUCAAAUAAAACGUUGGGAGGAUUCUGACACUAACAGAGAACCAGAUGCGCCGAAGUUGCGUGUUAAAAGAGUUAAAUUUCAAGAUGGGUGUGUGUUUCUUGCAGCGUGUUCUAGCGGGGACAGAGAAGAAGUGAAAAAUUUAUUGGAAAGGGGCGCAGACAUCAACACAGCUAAUGUCGAUGGUUUGACUGCACUUCAUCAGGCUUGUAUUGAUGAUAAUUUAGACAUGGUGGAGUUCCUUGUGGAACAUGGUGCUGAUGUUGAUGUAUGCGACAACGAGGGUUGGACGCCCCUUCAUGCAACGGCCUCAUGUGGCUUCACGGAGAUAGCAAGGUACCUUUUGAAAAAGGGUGCAAACGUGGCAGCUGUCAACAAUGAUGGGGAUCUUGCAAUCGACAUUGCAGAAGAUGAAGAAAUGGAAAAAUUGUUACAAGAAGAAAUGGAUAAGAAAGGUGUUAAUGCAGAAGCAGCACGCCGGGAAGAAGAGAACUGCAUGCUUGCUGAUGCCCAGAAAUGGCUAGGCAGUAACAACAUUGAAGAUAAGAUUCACCCUAAGACAGGCGCCACAGCUCUGCAUGUAGCAGCAGCCAAGGGCUACAUAAAUGUCAUGAAUUUACUACUGCAAGCUGGGGCCAAUGUGAAUGUACAAGACAAUGAUGGCUGGACCCCACUGCAUGCAGCUGUCCACUGGGGACAGGAGGAUGCUUGCCAGAAUCUUGUGGAGCACAUGUGCAACAUGGACAUCAAGAACAAUGCUGGACACACUGCUUUCGACCUUGCUGACAAGGAGAUGCUGCAGCUUCUGGAAGAGCUAAAGAAAAAACAAGCCACAAUGAGGUCUGCAUCUGGCUCCACUUCUGAAAUCAGUCACGCACCAAGCCACAUAUCGAAAAGGAGGAGUUCAGUAACACGAAUGAGUAGCGAUCAAAAACAAAAUGUGAUAUCAAAGACAUCCGAAGAGGAACGAGCUACCCUGGAUGCUAACUUGACCCACCUGUCUGCACAUAAAGAGGAAGAGGACAAAAAGACGGCACCCAUCAUAUCUAUAUCUACUCCAAAUGCAGAAACAGAGCGCAAGAAUGAACUGAACAAGCAAUCAUCCUUGAUCUCACAGUCAUGGAACAACAGGCCACCCAGUGUUUCUGGUCUAGAAACCCACAAGCCUGAAAUGCCCAAAAUUGAUGAGGUUUCAGAGCAAGAAAAACCCUCAGUCAUCUCCACCUCCUCUGCCAUCACCAUCACAACCAUCCCAGUCACUCCAGUCACCCCAACCACCCCAGCCCCCAAAACCACCCCAUCCACCCCUACCACCCCUACCACCCCUUCAGUUUGCACAAGUAUCACUACUACAACAUCCACACUGUCCACCACUCCCUCCACUUUGGAGACUGAAACAUCAUCUGCGGAUGUGACUUUAAGGACAAACAACAAAGAGCCCAGUUUAGAUGAGCGGAACGGUGUCUCAAAGCCCUCUUCCAAAGACCUGGUCUCCCGGUCAAUUAGUGUCCCCACCCGUCUCCCAUCAGAACAGGAUACCAUGCGCCUUUCAUCCAGUCAAACAUCCACAUCCACAUCCGAAGAGCAGGAAGUACCCUCGUGGAGACGAGGAAUACGCAAGACAGGCAGCACAAGCAUGGUGCAUGAGCAAUUGCUAGAGAACGAUGCUGACAAAUCCUUGCCUCGCUCAGCUUCUAGUCCGCGCCUUGCCCUUGAUUACCGGAUAGAAAGUUUACAAGAGAGACUAGCUGGCCGGCGUCCCCUGUCCAGUACCUCAGCUGUUCCAACAACCUCCAUCAGCAGUCUCUCUAGUUCCAGUACAGACAGCAUCACAGAUUCCCGCCCUGGAGACAGGUCUAGCUGGUCUGCAGGACAGUCAUCUUAUACCCCUUACCGCAAUUACUCAUACCGCUCCAGCUAUGUGCCGUACUAUAUGAGAAAACAGGAGCAAAACGUCCAGCAAGAACAGGAUAAGGGCAAGGCACCUACCAGUUCCACAUCCUCCUCUGUCUCAGUCCCCUCAACCUCCCUGCCCUCAGCUACUACCAUCACCAACACAGCAGCAGCAACAACAACUGCAUCAACAACUGUAGUCACUUCUCCUACCAAUUCAGUAUUUAGAAGGUCAUUUGAACCUCCUAAGCGUGACGAAGAAACAGAAACUCAACGAAAAGCGCGUGCCAAACAUGCUAGACAGACAAGGCGAUCCACACAGGGUGUUGAUUUGAAAGACAUUGAGAAAGCAGAAGAAGUCAUACGACAAGGUGAUACGAACAAAGUUAAAGAUUCGGAAGAUAGUGCAACUUCUAGAACAUCUAUACCAGACUUGGAUAAAGACUCUAAAUCAUCAUUAGCAACAGCUACUACUACAGCUUCUACUACAGUGUCGUUAACAGGUUCCUCAUUACAAACUGAUAAAGAAAGAGACAGAACUAGUGCAAACCCUUCUUCCAGAAAUUUGUCGUCACGGGAAGACACAACUGGUUAUCGUCGACGAAACUGGGAAGACAGAGUUGAUGGUGAGACAAUACGAACAAGCUUUCGAAGGCCCCGAGAGGAGAAGGAUUCAGCUAGUAAUAAUAAUAACACCUCAGCCUCUUUAGAUAUCACCUCAUCAUACAUACCUCGUAGUCAACGCAACGCCUUGUCCGCAUCAGAUAACAGCACAUCUAGUCUUGGCAGCAGUUCAAAUAUUUUUCGAUCUUCUUCCCUACGGAAGUUACGAAAUGGGGAGACAGAGACAGCCACACAAGAUGAAGAGCAGAAAAAGGACGAGUCCAAAGAAACAAAGAAGGAAGAAUCACCAAACACGGAGAAGGAAGAGAAAAAAGAACCUUCAGCCAUCCGAGCCAGACGGGCUAGAAGAGAGCGGCGGUCAACCGGCAUCAACUAUGUCACAGAGGGUGAAGAUGAGAAAGUCAACAAAGAGAACAAACCAGAAGAUGAAAAGAAAGAGCCAGAGAGCACAGGCUCAAGGUAUGGUCGCUACUCUUCAUCGGAUGUACCACCCACAGAUUCUUCCUCUGUUCGCAACCGUCCAGUGUCUUACUCAGAAUAUUCACGCUCCACAGGCACACUUGAUGCUGACUACAAAAAGCUGUAUGAAGAAGAAAAAGAAGAAAAUGGACGACUGAAGAAAGAGUUGGAACAGUGCAAGAAGGAGCUACUUGAAGCCAAAUCUGAGUUAGACAAAGUUUUGAAGCGCACAAUAGACACUAAUGACAAGAGGGAAAAGAGAGCACUGGAACGAAAGGUGUCUGAAUAUGAAGAGGAGCUGAAACAAAUGGAGAAAGUUAAGGAGGAAAACAAAAAACUUAAAGAGGAAAAUAGGGCUCUCUCUCGAGUGGUGUCCAAACUGUCCAGAUAGAAAAUGGAAGCCCUGAAGGCUGACAACCAGCGACUCAAGGAUGAGAAUGGAGCUCUUAUUCGAGUGAUAAGCAAGCUGUCCAAAUAGCUCCUUGCUCUUAUUUAGGUGCAAAUGAACAAGAAUAAUAAUGGUGCAAGGAUCGAAAGCUCUUUUCCCCCCCUCCCCUCAAGGUGCAAUGUCUGCUUGGGUUAACAAAAGGAAAAAUAUAAUAAAUAUGGUAUCAUAAUGUAUGAUUAUCAUACUAUGCUGUGGACUUUCGAAUGACUGACCAAAAUGCAGCUUAUCACAUUAUCUUCCACUGAAUUGGUGUUUGUAUGGUCCUUAUCUCCUCCCUUUCUCAUAGAGAAGGUGGCAGUACCUGCACUGGCUGAAUGUGGCUGCACAAGAUAUCAAGAUCAAGAUCAUUUAGUGAAGAUGGAACCCCACUGUUGCACAUCCAGAAAGACUCACGAGUUCAGUGUACUUGCAAUGGUUUCAGACCUAGCAAUGGUGGAAUGGUGGGCUGGGUGGUACAAUAGCAUUGUUACCAAAUGCUACCCCUGGGCCCUUGUCAUAUAAAGACUGGCUGAGCAAAGACAAUUGUAAAAGUGGGAUAUUCUCUAAGUGUUUUGAAUGGCUAAAGUCUUCAGCAAGCUUUUGGUGUUAUCUGGCUGGCCUAAGGUUCCACUUUCAACCAGCUACUGGUGGAGAUUUUAGCGGCUGCCUUGACGCCAUGUGUGGCUGCAGGAAGAGGUGCCACAGACCAGCUUCAAGCCAUCUUUAAACAUGGGUCAUGGUCAGGCUUGCCUGGCUUGGCUUGAUUCCUCUCUUUUCUCUUAGUUUUCUUUUGUUUGAUCUGUUUCUUUUUCUCACUCACUCACUCUCUCCUUUUCUUACUCCUUUGCAUGCCCUACAUGUUGUUUUCAGGUGCUGUCAUAGGAUUUUGUUGUGUUAGCUUGAUUAUUUUGUUUCCUUCCCUGAACAAUCCAUGUUAUCUUCCAAGUAAUGCUACAGCAUAUUUGUGCAAUUAUUUUUAUUAACUUGAAUUUUGUUCUUUUAAUUUAUAUAAUUUGUAAUUUAUUUUCACCUCCUCACACUUUUCAACCACCUCCCCUCUCCCUGCUUUUUUCUCCCUGCUAUUUCUCCAUUUAUGUUUUAAAAUUAGUCUGUGAGUAAUUUACUCAUUGGAGGCGAAAGAUAAUGGCUUAGAUUUGCUUUGGGGAAAGUAGAGGAAAUGAGGCACUGUAUUUUUUUUUUUUUUAAGUAGUAAUUAUUAUUUUUUCCUGCAUUGGCUGAGGGAGAUUUAGGUAUCAUUUAUAUGUUAUUCUAUCCCUCUCUCCCCCCGCCCUCAAUUUAUAAUGAUUUUUUAUUUUCAAAGUGGCUUCUACCUCCUCUUAAACUGCAAUAAACCUUGCCGUCUCCCAUUGCUUUUGUUUUCACUUUUUGCUGUCCUCUUCUCCCUGUAAUAUUUUUUGUCUUACUAUGUUAUUAUUUAGCAUUAUUAUUAUUUGUCGCGGAAAAGUUGGCCCUUCAGAAGUCAAACUGUGACCAUAUGCUAUGGUGAAAUGUCCACGCUUACUGUGACAAGUACUGCAUGCAGGGAACAGGUGAUUGACAGAAGAUUAUGUACAUGAUCUGGAAGAAGUGCCUUCAUUUGCUUUUUGGAGUAUUGUCAUCCAUGAGGAAAGAGAACAGACUAAUUGUAAACUGGAUCGUAUGCGUACAUUUAAAAAAAAAUUUGGUUGUUGUUUAUGAUUGUGGAGGGACUGAAGUUACCUGCAAGGCUAGUCUGUCUUAUUUAAGAUAAUCAGUUUUUAACACAGAUAUAUAUGUCUGUGAAGUUAAAGAAAAGUGGGGAGUAAUGAUAUCAAGCAGUGAUUUUUCGUAUGUCUUUUUUAUGUGCUUGCAUCCAGGAAUUAGCCUAGCCCUUGUACUGCCAAACCUCACAUUUGGUGUUAGUUGAUCCUGAUCAGUAAUUGGGUUGGCUUAUUAGCAUGGAAAUGUUGUGUGCAACCACUUCUGACAAUGAAUAGUCAUUUUUUCCUCUGAGUAAAAUUAUUUGGAAAAGUUAAGGAAUCUUCAUCUGUGUAUGAAGCUUUUAUUGCCCUGACGUGACAGUGUACAGCACAAGUGUGUGGAGGAAUGAAGUAAUUUGGUCUAGAUUUUCCUAUCGCCUUUUCAUGCCUGUAGUAGUUACUGGGCCAGUAAGGUUCAUCACAGAAUAUAGCCACUUUCUGGGCACUAGCAUUUGUCUGUUUUUCUCAUGCUUUUCUGCCUUUUUCUCUGUUUAUUAGUCUGUGCAUUGUACAGUUUUGUGGCAUUUUCUGGUUUGUUUUUUUUUUUUUAAUUUCCUCUUGCUGUCUCUUUGUAAGUGGACUCGCACUUACUAUUUUUCCAUCCAAAAUAGGUUUCUGUGCUUGAGAAACCUAAGGAAAAAAACUGCACCAAACUUUUGCCUUUCGUUGAUGAGUUAGCUCAUCAUAUCUUUUACUGGUUUUGUGGUAAGCUAGAAAAAGGGAGAGCAUAAUGUGACCGAUGGUGGCAGAUGCAAGAGGUGGAGGAACAAGAGUGGUCUCUUACAUCUGCUCCCUCUAUGCACCCAUUCAGCCUGGUGGAUUUCUUUUUCAUUGGCUGUCCCUGUCUUCAACAGAUGUGCAGUGUGCCACAUUCGAGUAAAGUGUUGAUACAGCAUUUGAUGUAUCUGCACUUUUUGUACAGAAUUAAGAUUUUUUUAAAAUGUUGAUGUGAUUGUAUAUGUAUGAUACUGAACGUGUAGAAACUGUGUAGCAUAGUCUUUGAAGAAUCCCUCUUUUUACAUGUUUGCUUACUUACCCACCAUAGGCAAGCUAGGAGUUUGCUCCCCAGUGCUUCUCAAACUCCAUUCUGCUGAUCUGUUUCUGUUUCUGGAAGGAGUUGAAUGACUGGUGGCAGUAACGUACCCAGCAAUUAUACCAGGCAGGUCUAGAUUGUAAGGGUAUUUUUUUUGAACACACAAAGUGUUUGUCAGACUCUGAAUCAUUCAACAUUAUGUGAAGACCAACCAUGAUGGUGUUUGUAUGGCUGUCAGCUUUUUCUGGUGCUACUGUAAGAACAGGGGAAGACUACUUGCUGGCCAUCAUGCCAGUUGGCCAGCUGCUUGUAGUCAGGUUUUUUUUAAAAUUGUUGUUGAUGCAAUUGAGAUGAAUUAUUUUUAGCACUCCGUGAUAUUCUGAUAUUCAGAUUUUAUGUAUGGGUGGGAUGUGGUAAAAGGGUGCUUGAUGCUUGUGUGCAUGAACAUUAGAGAGAGGUGGCAGACAGACCUUUUCUUAAUUAACCAAUAAAAAGCUUUGUUAGUAUCACUUUCUCUUAAAGACAAAUUGCAUCUUGGGGCUUUGGAUCCUUUUGGGGAGAUUAGCAACACCUACAAGGAUGGUUUAUAAUUUGGUGAUGUUUUCUGUUUUUUGUGACUGUUUUAAAGUAAUCUUUUAGCAUUAUCUUUUUGGGUAAAUAUCUUUCACAAUUUUUUUUCUUUUAUAGACUUUUAAGCAUGCUUGUGGGGUUUUAUUUGAUUGAGAUUGAAAAACUAUCAGGAUCAAAGCAGAAUAGAAUAGCAAGGUAGCAAUAUAACUAUUAAAUAUAACUGCUUUUAGUUCUCUGGUUGUAGUGUUCAAGUUAAUCAGAGGUGUUUUUUUUUUGUUUUUUGGUUUUUUUCCAUUAUUAUGUGAAUUAUUUAGAAUCUGACAAGCUUUUCUGCCUCCUGUAUAAAGUAAUGCGUAAAAGGUUUUAUUUAUGGGUGGAGAAAUUAUUGCAAAUCAUGACUUGAUGGUUCUUUUAAUGUUUCAUUUCUGCCUACAUUUCUCGCGCUUUAGAAUAAUGUCUAGUGUAGGAUUAUUUCUGCAUAUCUCAAGAAAUAUUUUCCACUAUUUUUGGUUUGUUUGUUGUAGAAUCUCUGUGACAUGUAGAUAUAUUUCUUUUGAAACAAAAAUUCAUUUUCAGAGUUGCACCCUCACCCUUUCGUGUAUGAUUUAAAACACAUACACUGAGGAUAUCUCAGUGUAUCUAUUGUUGCUGACAGAAUACACCAUGUUUGGGUCUCUUCAGCUCUUAAGCUUGUUUUACUGGCUUGGGUAUGCCAUAGAUCUGUGUGUGAUUAACGUCCAGCAUGUUGAGGUAAUAUGGUUGUGUCUUGGUUUAUGCACAUACAUCAUUACAACAUCCGUUGAUUUGUUUUUUGUUUUUGUUUUGUUUUGUUUUGUCUUUUUUCAUUCUUGGUAGAUUGUUUGCUUAGAAUGCACCUCUUACUGUCAAAGAUGGAUUAGCUGGGGCUUGGUUAAUUGCUUUAUGGUUUUGACAUAACUGUAAUUUAAAUCAGUUUUCUAGUUAGCAAAUUCAAGAAGUCUGCAGAUGCAUGUGCUACCACAGGUGAAAAUAAAAAGAGUGGAUGUGUUCCUCAGAAAUAAGCAUCUCAGGAUAUCUCAGUGUAUCUAUUGUUGCUGACAGAAUACACCAUGUUUGGGUCUCUUCAGCUCUUAAGCUUGUUUUACUGGCUUGGGUAUGCCAUAGAUCUGUGUGUGAUUAACGUCCAGCAUGUUGAGGUAAUAUGGUUGUGUCUUGGUUUAUGCACAUACAUCAUUACAACAUCCGUUGAUUUGUUUUUUGUUUUUGUUUUGUUUUGUUUUGUCUUUUUUCAUUCUUGGUAGAUUGUUUGCUUAGAAUGCACCUCUUACUGUCAAAGAUGGAUUAGCUGGGGCUUGGUUAAUUGCUUUAUGGUUUUGACAUAACUGUAAUUUAAAUCAGUUUUCUAGUUAGCAAAUUCAAGAAGUCUGCAGAUGCAUGUGCUACCACAGGUGAAAAUAAAAAGAGUGGAUGUGUUCCUCAGAAAUAAGCAUUGUAUACAACCCAUAUUUACUUGGGUUUGCUCCUUGUGCCAAGUAUUUCUCUUAGAUGUUUGUGUGUAACUGUUGGCAGUACCCCGCUUACUGCAAUUGGGUGGGAUUGUCUUGCACACUGUACAGUUAAAAAAAACUAUAAGCAUGCAAAGUUUCAUUUUUUCAUCUUUUAAUGAAGAUACUAUUGCUUGUUUUGUACAUAAAAACUUGUAAAUAUACUGUUGUACAAUUUUAUAUGAAAAUCUAUUUAUUUGUAUGAAAAGCUCUGAUACAUGUCUAUUUUGUGAUCAAAUGAUCUCCUUUCUUAAAUGAGAUUUCUUAGAUGAUACUUGGAAAGUUGAAGCAUCAAAUAGUGUUGCAUAGGGUAAAAUGCAGCCAUCAUUGUACUGUAGUGUAUAUUAUCACAUGUUGUGCCAUUUGCUCAAAUGGGCAGUUGCAAAAAAAGUCUACACAUAUCGAUACAGCUGGAAUACUAAUCUUUCUCUCCCAUUCGCCUACUUUUUAUAUUUUUGCAUCUCUCAUUAAGCAAAAACCAUGGCCAAGGCCAGUACCUGAAGAUGCAGGUUAUUGGUCAUAUAGCAAAUUUUGUAUUUUCUCCAUGGCAUGGAAGGCUUGGACAAGCAACCUCUAGUAGUUCUCUGGAUGGUUGUUGGACUAGAGAAAUGGUGCAGAGCUCACAGUAUUGAGCCCUUGGCUUCUGGGAUCUUAUGUUUGAGGACUACCUGCAUCAGCUGCUUCCCUCCUGUGACUUAGGAGUCCAGGCUUGGCCACCCUCUGAAGAGGGGCGUGCACGGUGACCAGACGUGGCCUUGGCCUGAACUCUGGGCAUGGGUCUGAGGCCUCCUGGGGUGACAUGCUGGAUCCCAGGCCUGCCUGCAGUCUGCAGCAUGAGGACCCAGUGGUCAAGGUAUCACCCUGUGCGCUACUGUCACUCUUUUUUUACUUUUUUACAACCCAGAGAAAUGAACCUCUGUUGCUCUUGCUGGACAGCACUGGCGUUUCCAUGAUUCUUUAACGAGCUCAGGUGUGUGCCUGAUGCUGCAGACCCACCUCUCUGCUCUACUUAAGGGUCAUGGCUUUACCUCCACCAGUGACAUGUUGGACUGGUGGCUUGCUGUCCAGUAGAGUUUCUGCGAAUGCAAUCCUGGUUGGACAUUGCCUUGAUUAGAUGCUGCCUGGUGUUAACAGAAAACCAGCAGAAGGCAGGAAUGCACAAAGUCUGUCAAGGUUUGAAAAGUAACCGUUUUUAAGUAAAGCUAACGGAGGUACAUGAAGCGAUACUGCUGAAGAAGGUGGCUGAUUCUUUGAGCUCUGUGUUUCAUAGUUUUAAGAAAGUGCAUAGUUACCUAUUCAUGCAAUUUCUUGCAAUGCUCGCUAUACACAGAGAUUACUGGGUUGAGGGAUAUUGCAGCUGUUGUGUUCCUUAUAUGCUUAUGUUGCACUGCAUCCAGGGCCUGACAUCACAUCCAGAUAAAAUGGUUGAUAUGGGCAGUUAGGUAGAAAGAGGAAGAAUGCAAGGAAGGAACAAGCUUUAAGGAAAAAGAAGGAACAUGUUGUGUCUCAGCAUGAAUGAUCAUGACAGUGUAUAAUAGCAAGAUUCCCUUUCAUGUCUUUGAGUACUGUAUGUAAGGAGGAGAAUCUCAGCAGAAUGCUCUCACACAACAUAAGGGGGUCACAUGCUGUUGGUGCUUAAAUUGUUUAUCUUUUCCUCCUGCCCUGGAUGCUUCCCUCCUACCCAUGUUUCAUACCCCUACACCUUUGUAUAACUUAAAUGAGAAAUCUAACAUAUUUUCUGAACUAACAUUUAAUGUUGUGUGUGCAUGCUCGCAUCAAUGCCAGUAUCAUUGUGUCUGCACUAGAGAUAAAAAAACAAAACAAAUAAAAUGUAAGUUUUGCAUUUUUUUAAAGGAGUUCAUUUGUAAUGUAUGCAUUAACAUUUUAAAAUCCUUUUAAAACCGUUCCUCAGCAUGUUUUGAGUAAGCAAAUCAUAUUACUGUCUAGUGCAUCUUGGUUGGAACAUUUCAAGCGUAGAUGCCUUCAGCAGCAGUAAUCAGCAUUGAAUGCACACAUUGAGUGAAUGGAACAUCUAUGAUUCUUAUAAGGAAUAUUUUUCCGUUUUUACCAAAGUCUCUGCAUUUUGAUAUUGCUGAUUUUCAGGGAGAGGAGGUUUUUUUUGUUGUUUUUGUUUGCUUUAUUUGGGGAAAGGAGAUUGUGCAUCAAUGUAUUUCAUUAUUAAUGUCAGCUGAUGAGAACUAAGAUUUUCGUUAGGCACCCUGCAUUGUGUCCACAUAUCAUUUUUACCAGAAUAAUCUUCAGUGGAGUGUAACUUUCAGCAUUCUAUUCUAGGUUUUACGACACUGGUUUGUAUUCAUGUUCUUUUCUGCAGAUUCUUACUCUCUUGUGCCUUGUCAUUUAAUGGAUAACUUGAAAGCAAAAUUAUUUUUAAAUACAGUAAAUGAGUUAAGCUCAUUUAAAGGCAUUCCCAAAAUAUGAGGAAAAUGUUAUCUUCUGAGAUACAAGUCUUUGAAGAUUGCAGUUACCAUUGAGGGUUUUGAAAGAGAUCAAGACAGAAGUUCUCAUGACAUCACAAAUAUCAGCUCUUUCAUUAGACAACACCUUAUUAAAAUAUCCUGAAAACUCUUGAGUUAACUGCACCCGUCAUGUGGGCUUUUUAUUAAACAAAAUAUAAUUGCAUUUUUGUUAAAAAAAAAAAUUAAAAAACUAGAUGCGCUAGAAACUUUGAGCUUGUUUUAUGUUUGUCUUGCAUUAGCCUUUAACUUUCUGUUUAAGUCCAGUUGUUGAAUAAAUCACAGUGGUUUCAUAUUUCCACUUCUUUCCUGCAUAAAACAUCAGUUUUUUUCAAAAUCAAGAUAAAUAAAGUUGGCAGUGAUGUAAAAGUUUGUAAUAAGUGAUUUAUAUGUGUUAUUAUAUUUUGAAAUCACAGAUUCUUCAGUGUUUUGUAUCUUCAUUAUUCUCUUGAUAAAUCUGUAAGGUCACAGUAUCAUCAGUAUUGUCCAGGCAUGAAUCCCACCUUUAAAAAGAAAAUGUAGCCAAAAAACUAAAAAUUCACUUAGAUCUGUGUUUGCACUCGUUCAAUGUUGUUUUGUCUUAAAAUUUAUUCUAGAAUUCUGCUCAUCAGGCAUUGUUUCUUAGACAGCGCAUCCAGAAUUAUUGUUGAAUAGUUGUUAAAUCUACAAGCAGUGAUAAAAUUAUGGUUGCAUUGGUUUAUCCUUCCAUUCUCAGAUAUUUUGUUUGGGUUUUUUUUUGACAUGAGCAAAGUGCAUCUCUUAAGUCUGGCAUGUUAAUUUUUCUUUAAUCUAAAAUUCUUCAAGCUAUGCAUGACUGUUUGGUAAUAUUGAAAACAUUACACAUUGGACAUGUAAAUAAUGCAGAACUUUUGAAGACAGUCAAGGUCUUAAGAGGGGACAUGUUUGUCCAAAGGCCAAGACAAGCAAAUUGUGUUCUAAGAAUGUGUAGCAUCCUUGUUUCAGAUUAGCAGAAAAUUUGUUGUAUGUAUGCAGUUAGACUGGGGGAUAGCAGCUAACAUAGGUUGAUUGUUAAAAGUAUGAUUAGAGCAAGUUUAUUGGUAAAAGUUGAGAGGGAAAGUAAUUUAUUUUCAGGCAGCAGAAGUCUGAUGAAUAACUGAGCAUUACAUAAGUUGAAGGUGUACAGUUGCAAAGGGCUGUCAUAUUUAUUUGCACUUCACCUCCACCCCCCACUUCCACACACACACACACAGAUGUGUAGAGUACAGACUACAGUUGCGUUUGGUGUUCGUGUUGGCAAAGAAUAUUCUAAAAUGCCCACAUACUUGGGUGCUUAAAAGUAGUAUGCAAAACAUAUUUGUGAAUUGUUAUAUAACAAAAAGUAAAGAAGUCUAUUAAGAUACAAAGUUUUUUUCCAUCAUGUUUGACAAUUUAGAGGUACAGUUCUCAGAAAGUUGAAUUUUAAAUCUUGGAUUGGUCAGAAGUUUUAAAUAUCUCAGAUUGUGUACUCAUAAGCUACAGUAUGCUUAGCAUUUUUCUGUCUCCCUUGCAACUGGCCUUGGAUUUUGACUGGUGGGUUUUUUUGGUUUUUUUUUAAUUCUACAUGAAAGGAGACAGCACAUUUAAAAAAAAUUAUUUGCAUAAGCGAAUAAUCUCACUCGUGUUAAAAACAAUAUUGUUGCUAUUUAACUGUUGAGUAAAAUUGAGUUUUAAGAAAAUAGUUUAAUGAUUUGCUAAAAGCACUGUGUAAAAAAAAUUUUCCACAUUUACAUGCAAGUAGAAAAAAAAAGCAAAUUGUGGAGGUAUGAAGUAUGGUAUACUCUUUGUACAUCUAUGUUUAAAUGUCAUUUAUACUUAACUAAUCUGUGAUGUCAAGGAGAUUAUUUUGUAUACAGAAAAUACUUCAUUAAUUUGUCUUCUUGUGUCUGUUCCUGUUAAAGGAACUUAAACACAAGGUAUAUAAAUUGUUAGUCAUUCUCCAUGGUGUGUGAACUUGUAUAAAGAUGUUUGCUUCUUGCAAUGUACGUUGAAGCAUUUUCUGCCGUCAUGUUGGUCUCCGUUUGAAUGAUUCAGAGUUUGACAACAGCCAGCUUUGCAUAUGUAUAUGAAUCGUAUGAGCUGAACUUCUCCACUACAGAGGUUUUCAGAAAUGUAUCUCAAGUUAUGUGCAGUUUACCUUGGGGCAGGUUAAGGCUGCUAAUUUUAGGCUUUUUCCUAUCCUGUUAUAGGCCUAAAAUUCAUGCCAGCUUCCAUGCCUCGUAACAAUAUGAAUUUGUUAAUAGGUAGUUCCUCUGUUAAUACACAACCUGCCAUCUUUAACUAUUAUGUAAUGUUCUAGGUAUACUUUUCUCAAUUUUUUUUUAUACCUUACUGUCUUCUGACAGUAUAAAUUAUACCAGAUCAUAUGCAUAUUGUUAAACUCCAGUACAAUUACUGUAUAAUAUAGUCUUGUUCAACUCUUUGCCUUCAUUAAAAAUGCCUGCUGUCCAUACAGCCUUGUAAAUCAGUGUUUGGUGACAUUAUGAUAAUUGUGUAGGAAUGUAUAGUGCAACAGUUUACCCAUUUAAUAAACAACUUGUUUGGGAUUCCCUCAA